ACAGCGACCGCCGAAUGCGGAGGAUUGGGAAGUAUAGUGUUCUGGAUUAGGAAAUAGGCGAGUUGUACUGUAUGUACAGAAAAAACGUAAGGUAGGUAAGGAAAGAAAAAAUGUAUGGGGUAUCAAUAAUAAUAACAAGAUAAGGUCACUCAAGAAGACCAGAACAAGAAUGAUGGAAAAUGAGGAACAUAUAUAACUUGCUUCAAGAAUGGAUUUUUCUAAUUUUUCCCUUUUUUUCCCUUGGUUUUUUAUGUCUUGCUUCUUGAUUUCAUGGCACCGUCACCGGGGAGUCAUUAGCCUCGGACCCCUGCCGUAGAAAACGCCCUCCCGUAUCCAUAGAUAGCCCACAGAGAGAAGAAGAAAGAGAAUAGAAAUCCGUUCUAGGCCAAUCAGCGGGUCGCAACGCCGAAAUUUGUGGCAUUAAUCGGGUUAUGCUCAGCAUUAGUCCGUCAGCCAACGUCGGCCUUGGCCGAUGUGGAGCAAGCAGCCGCCAUCUAUUGAAGCUCGAGAUCCAUGGGCGCUGGAUACCUCGUGGUCUGAGUUGGAUUCGAGGUUUGUGUACCUCUCUGCGGGGUAUGAAUCCCACUGCAAAGCAUGGGCUGGUACAGAGUCAACUGAGUUCAAUUGUAGCGUCAUCGAUCAUCAACCUCGAUCCCAAUGCACACUAGGCAUGAAUGUGCCGGGGGCUUUGCAUAAAAUGUCUGUUUCGGGACUAGCGUCUCCCAGUACUCGGCUCUCGGCAUCUCGUCCUACAGGACUUACCUUUGUAAUAAUAAUAAUAAACUCCGUAGCACUGCUGCAACUGCAAGUCCUGAUCAUUUCUAAUCUCCGCAAGAGUCCUGACAGGUCAAUACAUACGGAGUACAUGCAUUGAGAUGCCGCUUAUCUCCGUUCAGAUCAUGCUGUGUAAAGUUGUAAAUUGUAUACUCAC